AUGGACGAUUCUAAGGCGCAUAAGCCUCUGAAUUCAGAGGCGGAUGCAAUGGUUGAAGUGUCCACGGCUGGUUAUGAGGCUUCCAAUCCCACAAAUGUUGUAGAUUCUCACAUGGACUGCUCUCCAGUACUUAAAGUGAGAACACUACAUAUUAGCUCCUCCAUUCUGGAUGGGAAGAGUAUGUUCUUCUACAAGCUCUUCUCUAACGAGAUGAGGGAGUCACAACAGACGCUAGUCACCCUAAGAAUUGAUGCAUAUGCAGCAAAACAGUAUCUUGUUGCUCGUUUCAAGGACAUCACGAGGCAUCAAGAGGAGCUGAUGGAAUUGCCACUUGUUGGGAUUGUAGCAUUAUUAUCUAGCUAUGAGUUGCAAGUUGGAUCUUAG